CUUCACCGCCACGUCUCCAUCACCACGACAGGAAAAUCUCGCUGAUUACAGCUUCCAACACCACGAUAAUGCUAAUAAAAGAAUGGGGAAGCCACUGCAAUUCAGCGACUCGCUGCAUGAACAAGGGCAGUCUGAAUUCGCGUCAACAAAUCAAGAGAAAAUUCGAGUUCCAGGAUUCGUGCCAGUUACAAGCAUUUGGAAUCAUCAUUUGCAAUUUGUACCUGAAAAUUCGCAAGUACCAGUCGAGAGUGUAAACAGAAGUAUGGCCCUUCAUUUUCGGGGUAAGCCUCUAAAUUUUGUCACCGAAGAGAAGAAAAAUAAAACCAAUAUCAGCCCUAUUGGAGGGAUCGGAAACCCUGGACUACGUGGUGUUCCAGUCAGUCUUGGAAACUUCAACUCUUACCGCGUUCCUUCAGAAAACAUGACCAUCACAUCGGAUUCCAUUAAUGGUGGCGGGGAAGUUGACGUACGACAACAAUAUCCUUUUAAAGUUAGGGGCUCUUUUAAUACUAGCAGCAGCAACAGUCAAAAGUUUGUAUCGACCAAGAAUCAAACCCGGUCCCAGUACCCUGCUGUCUCGCAUAUGCCACAGAGUUCUUCAGCUUUCGAGGGCAUCAAGAUGUGGAAUUAUGCAUCAGAUGAUGUGGCAGACGCAAGCCCGUCAUUACAACCGCCUAAAACUAUCAACCAGCUACCUCAUGUGAUGCAACAAUCUAUUACUGCAGAUCCUAACGAGCAAGACUACUUUUCCUUGUUGACUAGUUCUCCAGUGCCCUCUGAUUCUCUUUUCCCAUCUACCUUCGGCUCUCGACCGUUAUAUUCCGAGACUCAGUCCAGUUCUCCAAGCCCUACACCAUUAUCUUUCCCAACAGAUCCAUCCUAUAGUCCCAUACAGCUUCUUCAACAGUAUUAUCAAUAUUUUGAAGACAGUGAUCAAUCGAACUUUUAUGAGGAAGAGUAUCCUCUAAAUGACUCAUUAACACCAGAGGGAAGUCUUGAAAAUAUGCCAAACUAUUUCGGUGAUGCUGCUUAUGUACCAGCUUUUGAUAGCCCCCAAAGCCCCGCGGAGACUUCAGCAAGUUCUCCUAGGGUCCCCCUGCCUCCAGCACCCCCGUCCUCGGACCUCGUUCUCAGCUCCGCCCCCACCACCAGCGCCUCCGGCUGCCUAGCCACCACUCUCUGUUCGUUGGUUGUAGCUGCCGCCCUUGCAAUCGGGGCCACAUCUGCCGUUGCCAUUCCCUUUUUAGGGCGCCGAAGGAGAAAUGUUGAUCACAUCAUUCUGUCUCAAGACAAUGCGCAUGAAUUUGUUAAUUAUAUAAACUACAUAAAGACUGGUACGCUGAAUAAUCCCGGAUCAGAAAACUUUUUCCGAGCUUUACAUGACCCAGCUGAUAAUUCGACGAGAAAAAUAUUUAGAAAGCUUGAACAAUUCAUAAUCAGAAACAAAGAUAAGCUUCUGAACAUUUCCAUUCAAGAAAUACAAUUAAACGAACACAUUCCCAUCCCCAAAGAUAUUUUGGAGAGCAUCAAUAAGAUCAACGUGGAGUCAGUUAAUGAUCCUGGCAAGACAGAUAGAGGGGAGAGUGAGGAAGACCACACACGUACCGGGGAUACAGCUUACAGCCCUGGGGACAUGUCUCCACUCCUCCCUGAUGGUAUACAUGCCUCAGCAAUGUCUUCAAAACUAUCAGAUGCAAAAGAAGAAUUAGAAGAUUCUAAUUCGCAAUAUGGACAUGAUACAGAGUACAACAUCAUCUUACAGCACGAAGAACACUCAGCAGAUGUAGACGCGAGACCAUUCACCGGAAACUACCAUACCUCUUACUACAAUCCAUUCUACGGUCGGCCGGGAUCAACCGUGGUUGGACCCAACGGUAGACCGUAUGCCAGCAACUAUCUUCAUCCUCUUCAACCUGUCAACACUCAGCGUUCUCAGGGCACGCCAGUGUUACGACAUCCACCUCGUGAUCGGUAUCCAUCCCGUAAACCCGGCUAUCCAUAUCCUCCAGCCCACAAACAUGGAAGUUUGGACGCGGACAUCCGGCUGGUGGCGCAGGGAGAGGGGACAGGAGGACAUGGCGGGUCACCGUGGCGGGACAGGGCGGGCUUCUACCGCACCGUGUGUGGUGCUCUUCACCACACUCACACACCUCACAACGAGAUCACAAAGUUCAUUGCCAGCAAGUGCAAUAUUCUCCAGAAUGCGGGGGUCAUCUAACUCAUCGUCAAAUGAUUCAAUCUUAUGAUCAUCAAAUAAAGGCGAUGAGUCGAUGGCAAAAGGAUGGAUGUACAGUGUAUAAUACCUAAACUAAACCUGUUUACUGCAGUGUUCUGCUUCCGGCUGUGGAUUAAUCU